AUGGAGUCGAUGGUGAGAAGCAGGGGCGUGAAUCCCAUCAUCAUCAAGCUUGGCGUCCCAAUCGGUCUCACCUUCGCAGGUUUCAUCGUCGCCCAGCUCUCGUCUCGCGCCCGACCGCGCGUUCCCUCUCCUGCUGCUUCCACCCAUCGUUAUUCUUCAGGUGCCCUGUCGCAAGCCACCGGGAGGUCAAGCGUUGGUCUCAAAGAACUUCGACUUCUAAAAGGCAAAGCGGCUUUGGCGACGAUCGUCAACGGCACUUCGACCACCACCGCGCUGCGUUUGGCUCCGACCAAGACGAGCUCCGGCGACGACGAGUGCGAUCACACGGUGAAAGAUCUGGACGCCUCCCGGCCCAAGAACCCGUCGAUCGAAGAGGACAGUGUGACGGAGCAAGAGAUAGCAAGCCUUCGGAGCUUGGUUUGCUCCCUCCAAGAGAACGAGAGGAGCCUGGAGCUCCAACUGCUGGAGUAUUACGGAAUGCAAGAGCAGGCGGCCGCCGUGAGAGAUCUCGAGCGCCAACUGCAGAUGAGCUCGACUGAAGCAAGGUUGUCCUCUUUAAGGAUCGAGUCGUUGCAGUCCGACAACCAGAGGCUCGAAGCUCAGCUCGCGGAUCUUCCGAGAGUGAUGAACGAGCUUGAGUCUGCGAGAGCGACGAUCAGGCUUCUGAAGAAGAAGUCGCGAUCGGAUGCAGAGCAGGCGGCGGAGAGAACAGCUUCCCUUCAUCAAAGGAUCAGCCAAUUGCAGCGUCAGAACAACGAGGAGACGGAGGGAAAGCUGAAGAGGCUGGCGGAGCUGGAAGAUGAAGCCGCACAACUCAAACUGGUCAACUCGAGUCUAACGGAGCAGAACUCUGACCUGACGAGAAAGCUGGAGUCAGCACAAGCUUCUGCAUCAUCUGCACUUGAGGCUCAAGAGUUGCAGGCAGAUGCAUUGGCGAAAGCCAACUUCUUGAAGGUAGCAAACGAGAAACUGGUGAAGGACAUCGAACAGCUCAAAACCGAAAAGGCCGCCGACGUCGAAGAACUGGUGUACCUUCGAUGGGUCAAUGCAUGCCUUAGGUACGAGCUGAAGAACUACAAGCAGAAAUCAGCGGCGAAGGAUCUCAGCAAGAGCUCGAGUCCCGAGUCCGAGGAGAAACCAAAGCUGCACAUGAUGGAGUACGCAGACUCCGGUAUCGAUGAGAAAACCUCGAGUUUCGUAGACUUUGACUCAGAGCAUUCUUUUUCUUCACAAACAUCCACUGAAGAAUCUGAAGACGCUGCGAUCGAAGUCAUCUCCUCAACCAGACAUGGAAAUUCCAAGAAAAUGAAGUUUAUCGGCAAGCUUAAGAAGCUGGUGUUGGGAAAACAAACCCAUAGUAGCAGAUCUUUCGCAUAA